AUGUUCUCUUUGAAGCUCCACUCACUACUACUACUGUUGUAUCUCUCCCUAUACGUCACGGCGUUAACCAACCUCCAGCAUGCAAACCUCGACUUCAAUCUGUUGGGGGGAAGGAUCUCGUUGUUUGGAGACUUCGACGGCGUGUCUUUCUACAACACAGCUAACGCAUCCGCAUUUCUUACACCGCCGCCUCUGGGCAGUGUCGGUUUCUACAUCAGAAACACCACCACUUCAGACAUCUCUACAGCUGCCACACUCGAUGGCCUGGUGUCACAAGCAUUGCAGCUUACCAACGAUAGCGUGCUCCUUGUAGGUAAUUUCACCCACAUUAAUAAGACUCCUGUCCAGUCUCCUGUGGUGUACAACGUCACAACUGGCCAGUUCAGCUCCAUUUGGCCCCUCGCGCUGAAAAGAGACGACCAAAUCAAACGAAACGUUUUGACCGCGCUUGUGGAUGGAGAAUUGGUCUACUUUGGAGGUGACUUCAGCUUCAACAACACAAAUGGUGUUGCCGUCUAUAAUUCGAGAACCAAGGCGCUUCAGAGUACCCCGUUCUUGGGUUUUGGACCUGAUUCUGUUGUCAACUCCAUUGCUAAGUACUCUGGAAACAGCGCCAACCCUGGCUCUAUUGUGUUUGGUGGAAAAUUCAACACGCUAGGGUUCCCUCAACUUCUCAUGCACAACGUAACAUACAAUGUUACCCUCGAUAAUACUACAAACUCCACCAACACUUCACUCAUCUCAGCAGAGCAAUUGGUUCUGCUUAAACAUGCCAUUUUCUCAAACCUGAACGGCGCCCCUGGCAAUAACGAUGCUUCUCUAAUAUGUCCUUCUCUGGCCACCACUUGGUCUGCUUUGGACGGAAGCGGUGCAGAAUGGGCCGUGGAAUUGCCAGACGCAAUGAAGGGCCUUUCACCUACAAAAGUAAGAAUCUAUCUCCCCGAUGACGCCUCCGACGGUAUCAAGACAUUCAGAAUCUAUACCUAUCCAAACAAUGGUAUCAUGAAUCUCACAUAUGUUGAUCCUGCAACAAACACACUCGCAUACUGUGAUGCCUGGUGUCCGUUAUUGCAGUCGAAUUCGUUGAAGAAUAUCACAGAGACAAAUAAACUAAAUUCGAGCAGUUUGAACAAAAACAAUUCCGUUUUUGUGAACAACGAUGGAUCAUUGUCCAUGUAUUACUACCCUGGUCUGAGUUCAAGAAAUCUCGGAUAUGGCAGUAAUUAUCAGGAGUUUGCUCUAGUUAAUCAAUUGACAAUUGACAAGGUCGGCCUUACUGCGCUUGCAUGGUAUGGCUCAAAGGCAGAAUUCGCUGGUAUCGAGUUGUACCAAGACCAGAUUCGCGUUUACGCAAACAACACAUUCAAUGAGCCAAAUUGUGGCUCAGCGUCUAACGGUGUCGGCAAUAGCGUUCAGAUCAACAACGGGUCUUGGCAAUCGAUCAAACAGCUCAACAGUGCAGUGACUACGAAAGAUUAUCUUGUUUCUGCUGUUCAAGAUAGCAGCGCAUCACUUACGUUUUAUCCUAAUAUCUCCUACUCAGGUGUAUACUCCAUUCUCCUAUACACCCCUGGAUGUGCCUUAGAUGGCUCCUGUGACAAGAGAUCGAUAAUUAAUGCAACUGUCAUUAGUGCCAAUGGAACCACUGUGUCCUCGCAACAAAUCUACCAAAACAACUUGGAGGACAAAUUCGACUAUCUCUUCUUUGGACACUUCAAUGCCUCUUCAAGCUCACGCCAAAACCGGAUCAGAUUGGACUAUUUAUCGCCGGUGAAUCCAUCUGUCCAAGACCCUUGGAUGGUUGCAGACAAAGCUGUUGCAAAUAUUGUGGAGCUUGACACGUAUUUCGUGAAAAACUUGACCAACUCAACGAAUAGCACAAACACAAGCAAGUCGUUCAUACUGAAAAUGUCGCUUAAUGGUCUUUUUGAAUACUCAUUGGCCAAUUUCAGUAGCUUUGAUCCAACUCUAGUCUACUCAAUUUCUGGAAACUCUACCAUUGUCGCAAAGACAAAUACUUUUGUGGGUAAUUCAACAAUCAACUCACUCAGUGCGAAUUUAUCUCUGACUUCCUCGAUUGAUCAAGUUUUUGUCAAUGGCAACUCCCUUCAAUUACUUGGAACGUUCUCAUCCCCUAAUGUUACUCUCCAAAAUUCCAAUCUAAUUUCGAUGUCUCUCGAUGGGUAUAACAGCACUCUGAACGAGACUUUAGCAAAGGUUCAAGGAAUUUCUAAGAGAGAUUCACAACAAAUUCUUGGAUUCACAUUCAACAAUACGAUUACGAGCGUCUUCCCAUAUGGAAAUGCCUCGAUUCUCUUGGGUCAAUUCUCCAUAAGCUCAGGAACAAUAAAGAACCUAGCAGCGGGAAAUGCCACCACUGAGACUGCGUCUAACGUUGCCCUUUACCAAGAUGGUCAACUUUAUUCCUUCGGCAAUCCGUUCUACAACAUCAACUUCUCACAAUUCACUCAGAUCUACAUUGAUGGCACAGAAUAUUUCGUAUUUGCUGAUGAGGACGGAAGCUACAUCACUUGGGAUAAUUCGCAGAAAUCAUGGCUGAGUCAAGCUAAUGUGCUUGACAUUACAAAUUCAUUGACUCUCAACGAUGCUCAGAUAGUCAUAGGAUCGAAUUUUGUUUCGAUGCCAGGCAACAGUCGUGAUCAGGCGUUUUUCUCCAAUAAUUCCGUCAUCCAAAGCUACAGUUUCAAUUUGAGCAGCGGCGCGAUAAGAACCUCUUAUUAUGUGAACUCGACAUUCGCUGUGAUCGGGGGUAAAUUCACAAGCAACCUGUCCAGUCCAAAUGUUGCAGUCAUUCAAAACAACACUCUCACGGAAAUCUACAAAGGAGCCACAUGGGACAACAAUUCCGUUGUAAGCGCUUUGUUUGUGGAUCCAGAUGACGAAUUCCUUUAUGUUGGAAGCAACGGAUCGGUUAAGACAGGUAACUUGCCUGUCACAGGUGUAUCCGUCUACAGUCUUCGGAAUCUGACGUUGUCACUGGUCCAGCCUCCAGAUCUUUCCACGUACAACGGAUCUGCCAUAUCAGUGAAUGCGUUAGCGCUCUAUGAAGAGAACAAACAGCUUCUUGUUGGCGGCAGAUUUGAUCGUGCUGGAUCACUUGACUGUAACGUCGUUUGUAUCUACGACACAGUCAAUACGCGUUGGCUCAAUCCGCAGACCGGCUCUAAUACUGUCGCUUUGAGUGGAACAGUCACUGACGCAAAGUUCUUCAGCUCAGAAAUAGCACUCUUGAGUGGAGACCUCGUGUUCAAUGGUACCAAGACAAAUUUCUUGACGUACAAUUUUGCAUCCAGUCUGUUUGCUUUACCACCAAAUGAGUUCAUGGCCACAGGUGUAUCUGACAAGCAUGUGACUAAAUUCAUCAUCAAUGACAACUCCAAUGCACAAUUGAAGAGUAGAAUGGUGGCCAAGGGAAAUGAUUUCGUGAUUGGGUUCAAUGGCACUGGCUGGUCUCGCAUUGAUGCAGCCAUUGAUUACUCGAACACUACCAAGCUCACCGACUUGAAACUCGUUCAGCUUGCCUCAAAAAGCUCAAACAACAGUAACCAGACGUACUUCAAUUCUGAUAAGGCUCUCAUGCUUUCUGGUGUGUUCAGUUUGAAGGGAUAUGGAGUAGUUAACUUGGCGGUGUUUGACGGAAGCAGUUGGUCUCCCUAUGUCUUUACCCUGAACAGCUCUAAGAUUGGCUUGGUAUCUUCAAUUUCAUUCCAGGACAUUUAUAGACUUCAAUCGUCCAAUGAUAUCAAGAGCACUCUGAAGCACUUAUCUGUGGGCCAAGUUGUGGGAAUUUCUUUGGCGUGUGCCUUAGGAUCCACUGCAUUUGUGGGACUUUUAUAUAUCAUUCCGUUGUUCUUCCUUUUGAGAGAAUCAAAAAAGAGAGAGGCGAUGAGAAAAAGAAUCAGCGAGGACGACAUGAUGAACAUUGUCGACCCGGGUGAUUUGUUCCAUGAAAUGGACUUGCAAAGAAACUACUAG